AUGGCACUAGACAGCUUCCAGGUCGACUGGAAUACAGAUGUUUUGCAAAGCUUCUUCCAAGAUUCGGCAGAGCGACAGGUAGUCCCAGACUCUCCGAUCAAACACUUUUUCAGUUGGCAUGAGAGCAGCUUUCGGGGUCGCAGAAGACACAUUGGUGAUAGGUUCAAAUACCUUUUCUUCUCUUCCCUGAAUCUGCCUGAUGAGGACGAAUGGAUGUUUGAGCGGCCCAUGGGAAAAGGCUCGUUUGGCGCGGUCGCACUGUACUCGAAGAUGAAUGGACGGCAAGAGCGAACAGAUGUGAGUAACCGUCCCGACUACUUCCGACACACGACUGACAACAUUCUUGUUCAGGCCUUUGUGUUGAAGAUCACCGAAGCGAACCCCGAACAUUUUGUGCCUGCACAGUCGAAAAAGUCGCACCUGACCCAUGAAGCCGCAAUAAUGGCGCAGACAAAUGAGCUCAACUCAGACGUGCUCGUACGUCUCCGGCAAUAUCAAGUUGACCAAAAUUACUGUAGAUACUACACGGAGUUUUGCGAAUUCGGGACCUUGGAAGCCCUGCGGUUGAGAUACAAGGCAUGGAAUAAAUAUUUUCCCGAGCUCUUCCUGUGGCAUGUUUUCCACUGUCUGGCCAAGGGGUAUCUCGACUUUGUCAGAGGCAGGUGGAGAAGCCUCGGGCACUUGGACUUUGGACAGCAGGUUGACGGCCAAUAUCUUCUACAUAACGAUAUCAAGACGGAGAACAUUUUCCUCGCCACAAAUCCCUCCAAAGAUCAAGACACCGUUUGGUAUCCGAAACCUAAGAUUGGCGAUUUCGGACUGGCCACCACUACAAACGCGGGCGAUAUAAAUAGGAACCAUGCAAAGGCCUUGCAAAAAGGCACACCGUUUUGGCAGCCUCCGGAACAACGCAUUAGUCAGAUGAAAGCCUAUCGUUACUACUAUUUCCAGGAAGACGUCCACAGGGAUCUGAAAAAGAAGAUCGGCCUAGAUCGGAGAUACCACCAGAUCCGUCAGGAAGCGAACGUUUGGGCCAUUGGCGCUGUCAUGUGGAACCUAGUAACUCUGAAUGAGAUGGACCUACUCAGCGACAAAGUCAAUCAAAUCCUGUACGGCAGCACUGCGGCAGCGCGCGCCUUUGACGGGACGAAUAUCAUGAAACGGCCAGAUCCUGUGACCAAGCAACGAUACAGUCCUAAACUCUGGGACUUGGUAUGCGAAUGCUUGCGAAUGAAGCCGGGCGACCGACCACCGCCUAGUCGUCUGCUUUCAGAGAUUGAAACCGGCAUGCGUGACUGCAUGGAGCAGGCGCAAGCGGAGUACCAACGGACCGGCGACCUAGCGCCACUUCUGGUGGCAUUUGAACAGAACCAGAUCAACGACCUAGCAGACGGUGGUGCAGACUUUCGCAAGAAUCAGGAUUUCUGGUCUGACUUCGCAGAACAUCUUCUGUGGACGCCCAGACAGUGGGGCCCGCUAUGUCCGCCAGAUGCGCCUCGGAAUAUGGAUUUUGGGGCUGCUGGUUUGCCGAGUCCACUACGUCGAAGACAAGAGCAGCAGUGGGUAGAAGCACUUGAACAGAGAGAUAGGAAGAGAGCUGCGCCGAACGCUGGCGGGGAGCUGCCUACCGGUCAGUCACGGACAGAAUCGGAAGCCGUUCAGGAUCAACCAAAUCCAUCCGUGCGCCGGUUCGGUGAGUCCUUCGACCGAGAGCAGCAGCCGCGGAAGAGGACAAGGCAUGCUUGA